CUUCCUCUCAUCUAUCUUUCUCUUCCUCCUCUUUCCCUCUUCCUUGGCUACAUCCUAGUAUUUUCGAGCGACACCCCGGCAAAAUGGCAGCAGGCGCAAAGGUCAAAAGCAACGCCGCCGGUGCGAACGGUGCUGGUCCGAAGGGAGGCAAAAGUACGAAGACAGAACCGAAGACUUCACUGGCUUCCUCUCCUCUCACAAGCGGCGCUGCGACCCCCGUCAGCGAGGACGCACCUAAGAGCAUAGCUGGUCGAGUCGGCAGGCCUGACAAGAAGGAAUACGAUGCAGAGCAGGAAUCCAUUAAGGCUGAGAUUGCGGUGGUCCAGGAAAAGAUGAACGCUAUACGAAGUAAGAUCGAUGCUGGCUCGAAUAGUGGUCCUGGCGCGGAGCGACGAACGGAAUUGCGCGCCGAGAUGGAUAAAAUUCGACAGGAACAGGGAAAAUUCAAGAAUUCGCGUGGACAGCUUAUUGCGCAGCUGCAAUCUCUGAACGAGGGUAUCUCGAAGAAGAUCAAGGACUUGCAGGCUGCUAAGAGCAAGACGCAGUUCAAGUCUGUGGCAGACGUCGAUGCACAUAUCAAACAACUCGAAAGGCAGGUUGAAUCCGGUACCAUGAAGCUGGUCGAUGAGAAACGUGCUCUUGCCGAAAUUAGCACAUGCAAACGACUACGGAAAACCGUAGAGAGCUUCCAAGCAGACCAGGAAGCCAUCGAACGCGACCGCGCCGCAGUCGACGAAAUACGCAAGCAAUUAGAUGAUCCCGAAGCCAAGGCCAUCUCGGAGCGCGGAGACGCGAUCAGAGCUGAGCUCGAUGAGAUCAGAAAGGAGGGUGACGAGGCAUAUGCUAACCGGAACAAGCUAUUCGAGGAAAGGAGUGAGCUCAAGGCGCAACUUGAUGAGUUACACGGCAAGAAGCGUGAGUCUGCGCAACGUUUCCGGGAGGAGAACGACCGUUACUGGGCUAAGGUUAAUGAGGAUCGAGCUCGACGUGCUGAGCGUGCACGAGCACAGCGCCAAGCGGAAGAGGAGGAGAAAAGAAAAGUGGAGGCAACGCGUAUACGUGAGGAAGCGGCUGUGCCUGCGUACCAGGCGCAGAUCGAGGACUGCCAGACGCUCAUUGACUAUUUCUCGGGGAAGACGAGCGGUGCGAUCAGACUCUCCACGACGGCGUCUACCGAUCAAGCCCGAAAGGAACUUGCUGGCGUGCCAAAGCUCGAGGUCCGACAGGUCGAGGCAGACACUGAUGGACUUGUUGCACGCAAGAAGAAAGGUGAAGACGAGGAGGCGUAUUUCAUGGGUGGGAAGGGAAAGAAAGGUGGUAAGAAGGCCAAAGGCGGUGCGAGAGGAGGAGUACCGUCCACCUCACCAAACGGCGACAACGACACCCCCGCUCCUCCACUCCCAUCCUCCGGACCACUUAACAUCCCCCUCUCAACCCUCUCCGCCCUCCUCUCUCUCUCCAUCCCACCUCCCGCUUCCGCCUCCGACCUCCCACGCACCAUCUCGGACUUGCAAACAAAGAAAGCAUGGUUCGAGGCUAACCAAACUCGCGUGACGAAGGAGAACGUCGCGAAGGCUGAAGAGCAGAUUAAGAAGCUCUUGGGUAACGCGAACAAGGUGGACACUCCGCCGAAUGGGAAGGGCGAGAACCCACCUGAGCCAGCGCCGACGCCUGCGGAGAACGAUGACCUCGAGCGGGCUGUCUCUCCCGAAGAAGUCGACGUGGAGCUUGAGCAAGUAUCGAAGGAUGAUAUUGAAGUCACCGCUUGAUGUACAAGCUGGACAAGUUAGACGAGAGGAAGAGUCGAGCGUGUUUUGAUUGUCAUCUUCACUUUCAUGAUUCUACUUCCUGAUUCCCAAUUUCCCAUUCUCUUAUUCCCAUACAUAAGUAAGUACAUUAACCCGCAAACAAAAAUCUGUCGGUGCACUGUGUGCAUCACAGGACUGUCGUCGUCGUAUCUCUACACACCUCGCUUUCGACUUAAUAUAUUAUAUAUAAAAUGGUUAUCCACCACUCAGUUCCUCAGUCCUCAGUCUUCAGCUUCGUUUCAUUUCAUUUCAUUUUACUCCAAGUUCAGUUUUAAUUUGAAUAUUCAGUUUCAGUCAACUCAGUCCUUCAUGCCCCCACCUUUCAAGUGACGAUACCAUUCC